GCGCCAAGGGAGAGCCACUGCGCGCCUCAGCCAACGUCAGGCGCCGCACCGCCAGCAACACCGCUACGCGCAACACCGCCCACCGCCCACCAUCUGAGACCGCACCUCGCCCCACACACUCCCACCGCCGAUUUACGCCUCGCCGCAACACUUUCGUUUGCGCAUCCGCCAGCGCCGCCAGUACAGGACACCUUCGCUGCCCGCGGGUGCACCGCCACCGCCCUCCCUCGACAGCGAACACGCCGCCGUCCACCCACCCCAACCCCCGCACACAAUACCGCAACCAUGGCCGGGACAAGAAACUACGACUUCCUCAUCAAGCUGCUGCUGAUUGGCGACUCCGGCGUCGGAAAGUCAUGCUGUCUGCUGCGCUUUAGCGAGGACUCGUUCACGCCCUCGUUCAUCACCACCAUCGGCAUCGACUUCAAGAUCCGGACCAUCGAGCUCGACGGCAAGCGCGUCAAGCUGCAGAUCUGGGACACGGCCGGCCAGGAGCGCUUCCGCACCAUCACCACAGCCUACUACCGCGGCGCCAUGGGCAUCCUGCUAGUCUACGACGUCACCGACGAGCGCAGCUUCAACAAUAUCCGCACCUGGUUCUCCAACGUCGAGCAGCACGCCACCGAGGGCGUCAACAAGAUCCUGAUCGGCAACAAGUGCGACUGGGAGGAGAAGCGCGCCGUCAGCACCGAGCGCGGCCAGGCCCUCGCCGACGAGCUGGGCAUCCCCUUCCUCGAGGUCUCCGCCAAGAGCAACAUCAACGUCGACCAGGCCUUCUACUCGCUCGCGUCGGAUAUCAAGAAGCGUCUUAUUGAUAGCGCGCGCUCUGAUCAGGCGCCCGGACAGUCGGUGAAUGUGGGCGAUGCGGGGUCGGCGGGCGCGGGUAUGGGGGGUAAGUGCUGUUAGUGCGGCACGGGCGACGGAGACGGGGACGUGGAGCGUGGUACGGGCAGGGGCACGAGCAGGGGCACGAGGACGGCGACGAGCACGGCGACGAGCACAGCGACGAGCACAGCGACGCAUCCACGCACGAGCAGCGCCGCACCACCCAGACGCGCGCAGCGCCGCACCCACGCCCCCUGCGUCCCGCGUGCGCGGCACUCGUGCAAACCGUUCCGCUAUCCAGGUGUUCACGGGCGUUUUUUCUUUUCUUUCUUUUUCCUUUUUCCAAACAGCCAGGCAAGAUAGGGGUUCGCACAUUACGCGUUGUAAUGCUAUUUGUGUACAUGC